AUGCCGCCGCUGUGUCAUCCACCGGGCUGGUUGUUUGGAUUGACCCUCUUGGCGGCUUUCGCUCUCAGACCUGUCUCUCCCAAAGUUUGGGGUAUGCCACUGGAAAUAAUCUACACAAUUUUGCAGGUUUCAGGACUACUAUCUUGCACACCAAAUCCGUGCAAAAAUGGAGCAUCAUGUGUUUCCAAUCCAAAUCCAAGGGGGAACUCGCACUGCAAUUGCCCGCCCAUGUUCAUGGGUGAUUUCUGUCAGCACCUGAAUCCGUGCCACACGUGGCCCGGGCCACGCUGUCAGAAUGGGGGCAAGUGCCAAGUCGAGAUGAGCGUCACCAGCGGUCCCACUUUUUCGUGCAAGUGUCCCGUCGGGUUCUCAGCGUCCCUCUGCGAAAUUGCCGUCCCGAAUAGCUGCAACAGCAACCCAUGCCUGAACGGGGGCACCUGCACUCUAGUCACCUUGCAGAAUUACACCUGUUCCUGUGCCGCUGGAUUCCGAGGUGAUCACUGCCAAUUAACAGAUCACUGCUCUUCUCAGCCUUGUCGGAAUGGAGCUUCGUGCCAAUCGCUCAAAGACAGCUACCGAUGUACUUGUUCUAAAGGAUUUUCUGGUUCUAUGUGCACUGUCGAUAUAGAUGAAUGUCAGCAUGAUUUGUGUGUUCAUGGAAGAUGCAUAAACACAGUAGGAUCUUACAGGUGUCAUUGCUCAGAAGGCUACACUGGAAAAAAUUGUGAAUCUCAGUACAUUCCAUGCGACCCAAGUCCUUGUACAAAUGGCGGCACUUGUAAGCACAUAGAUGAUUUGAACUAUCAGUGCACUUGUCCUCCUGGAUUUACCGGUGCAAACUGCGAAAUAAACAUUGACGAUUGUCCUGGGAAUUUGUGUCAAAAUGGUGCUACGUGUAUAGAUGGUGUAAACACUUAUACUUGCCAUUGUCCACCAACUUACACAGGAACUUACUGUGGCAAAGAUGUUGAUGAAUGUGCACUUCGGCCUAGUGUUUGCAAAAAUGGAGCUACAUGUACGAAUAACGUUGGAGGUUACACCUGUAUUUGUGUAAAUGGUUGGACAGGUCAAGAUUGUUCUGAAAAUAUCGACGAUUGUGCUGUUGCAGCAUGUUUUAAUGGGGCCACUUGUCAUGAUCGAGUUGGAUCUUUUUAUUGCCAGUGUGCUCCUGGAAAAACAGGCCUUCUUUGUCACUUGGAUGAUGCUUGUGCAAGUAAUCCUUGCCAUGUGGGUGCUAUGUGCGAUACCAGCCCGAUCGAUGGAACCUAUAUAUGUUCUUGUCCGAAUGGUUUUAAAGGCACUGACUGCACGGAAGAUAUCGAUGAGUGUGAAGAAGGUUAUCCAUGUGAGCAUGAGGGCAAAUGUGUCAACAUACCAGGAUCAUUCAGUUGCAAUUGCACUAAAGGAUUUACUGGACCUAGAUGCGAGAUUAACAUAAACGAGUGUGAUUCAAAUCCUUGCCAAAAUGAGGGUACAUGUUUGGACGAAAGAGGUGGAUUCCGAUGUGUUUGCAUGCCAGGUUAUAAAGGAAUAUUUUGUGAAGAAGAUAUUGAUGAAUGCUCUUCAAGACCCUGUCUUAACAAUGGCAUCUGCACUGAUUUGAUAAAUGGUUUCCAGUGUAUGUGUCCCAUAGGAUUUUCUGGGAAAAAGUGUGAAAUAAAUGAAGAUGAUUGUUUAAGUCAUCCUUGCCAAAAUGGUGCCAGAUGUAUUGAUGCAAUUGCCAGCUAUAUUUGCCAAUGCCCUCCAGGAUUUACUGGCAUUAAUUGUGAGACCAACAUCAAUGACUGUCAGUCUUUUCCUUGUCGUCAUGGGGAGUGCGUUGAUGGUAUUAACUCAUUCCACUGCAACUGCCAACGAGGUUACACUGGAAGACUUUGCCAAACCCAAAUCAAUGAAUGCUUGAGCAACCCAUGUCAGAAUGAUGGCAUGUGUGAAGAUCUUGUGAAUGGAUAUCAGUGCAGGUGUCUUCCAGGAACGUCUGGAUUUAACUGUGAGCACAAUGUGAAUGAAUGCUUCAGCAAUCCUUGUCGAAAUGGAGCUAACUGCAAGGAUGGAAUAAAUUCUUACACCUGUGUUUGCCAUCCUGGAUUUACUGGUUUACAUUGUGAAUCAAAUAUCGAUGACUGUGCAAGUAAUCCAUGUGCUAACGGUGGUAUAUGCACUGACCUUAUUGAUGGUUUUCGUUGUGAAUGUCCUCGUGGUUAUUAUGAUGCUAGAUGCUUAUCCGAUGUAAAUGAAUGUGCCAGUAAUCCUUGUCGCCAUGGAGCAACUUGUGAAGAUGGGGUUAAUAGAUUUAUAUGCCACUGCCCUCCUGGAUAUGGAGGACACCGAUGUGAAAUGGAUAUUGACGAAUGCCAGUCAAACCCUUGUCAACAUGGGGGAAGUUGCCGAGACUCUUUAGCUAGCUACACAUGCACCUGUCUUCCUGGAUAUUCUGGGAAGAACUGUGAAAUCAACAUUAAUGACUGCGCAAUUGAUCCUUGUUUAAAUGGUGGCUCAUGCAUUGAUCUUGUCAACAGUUACCAGUGCGUAUGUGAAGUGCCUUUUACAGGAACAAAUUGUGAAAUCGAAUUGGAUCCAUGCAGUCCAAACAAGUGCAAAAACAGUGCAAAAUGCAUUCCAUCAUCUAACUACCAAGAUUUUGCUUGUAGUUGUAAUCUAGGCUAUACUGGCCGAUUGUGUGAUGAGGAUAUAGAUGAAUGUGAAGUUUCAUCUCCUUGUCGCAAUGGGGCCACAUGUGUGAAUACUAAUGGAUCUUACACUUGUACUUGUUCCAAGGGCUAUGAAGGGAAAGAUUGUCUAAUUAAUAUAGAUGACUGUGCCUCAUUUCCAUGCCAAAAUGGUGGCACCUGUCUCGACGGAGUUGGUGAAUACACUUGCUUUUGUGUGGAUGGAUUUGGGGGUUUGCAUUGUGAAACUGACAUCAACGAAUGUGCGAGUGAUCCUUGCCAAAACGGAGCAACUUGCAAUGAUUAUGUCAACAGUUAUACUUGUACCUGCCCAUCUGGCUUUAGUGGCACCAAUUGUCAGACUAACGAUGAAGAUUGUAAUCUAAGCUCUUGUGUUAAUGGAGGCACUUGCAUUGAUGGCAUAAAUAAUUAUACUUGUCGGUGUGCUCCUGGAUAUACUGGAAGUAACUGCCAACUUCAUAUUAACGAGUGUGAUUCACAACCAUGUCGUCACGGCGCCACUUGUGUUGACCACAUCGGCUCUUUUACAUGUCACUGUCCAUUUGGAUUCACAGGUUUACAGUGUGAAAAUUUUGUAGAUUGGUGUAGCACAAGUCCUUGUAUGAACGGAGCAACAUGUAAGCAGAUUAAUAAUACUUAUGGAUGCACAUGCAAGCCUGGAUGGACGGGAUUGUUAUGUGAUGUUAGCAUGGUCUCUUGCUCAGAUGCAGCUUUGAAGAAAGGUAUUUCACUUGGAAAUUUGUGUCAAAAUGGUGGCAGGUGUGAAGAUAUAGGCAACAGUCAUAGAUGUAUUUGUGUAACUGGGUAUGAAGGCAGUUAUUGUCAGCAUGAAAUCAAUGAAUGUUCUUCACAGCCUUGUCAUAAUGGAGCUACAUGUAAAGAUCUUGUUGGAAGAUACUCUUGUUCUUGUCCACCAGGCUUCAAAGGAUUGAAUUGUGAACAUAACAUCGAUGACUGCUUUCCCAAUCAAUGUAGAAAUGGGGGGACUUGUCAUGAUCUUGUCAAUAGUUUUGUAUGUUCUUGUCCUCAUGGAACUCAAGGUAUCUUAUGUGAAAUAAAUAUUAAUGAAUGUUUCGAAGGAGCUUGUCAUCAUGGAGGUACAUGCAUUGAUAAAGUAGGGAAUUACGAAUGCCAGUGUCCACCAGGCUUUGUUGGUCCAAGGUGUGAAGGAGAUGUGAAUGAAUGUCUUUCGAAUCCUUGUUAUGCUAUUGGAACUCAAGACUGUGUUCAGUUGAUCAAUGACUAUCGUUGUGACUGUAAACCUGGGUACAUGGGACGCCAUUGUGAAUCAAAGAUAAAUUUCUGUGCUUCCAAUCCUUGUUUAAAUGGAGGUGUUUGCACAAGUGUAGCUCAAGGACAUGCAUGCAUCUGUGCUGAUGGGUUCUAUGGUGAAAUAUGCAGUUAUACAAAUGCAUCUUGCUCUUCAAAUCCAUGUAAGAAUGGUGGUCAGUGCAGAUUAAGGAAAUAUGAUUACGUAUGUGUCUGUCCUAAUGGUGCAGGAGGUCAAAACUGUGAAGUUGACACAGAAAACGAAUGCUUGUCAUCCCCAUGUUUAAAUGGAGGCACAUGCCAUAAUAGAAUAGGGAAGUAUGAAUGUGAGUGUCCUACAAACUGGAAUGGUGCCCGCUGCAGUGUCUUUGAUUCUUCAUUUUCUGGUGGUGUCUUUCUUAGACCUGUAACAGUAUUCAGAGAUGAAGAAGAAAGGAUUGAUUUGUGUGAAUUGAACGAGUGUGACAAGAAGUCUGGAAAUAGGAAAUGUAAUGAAGAGUGUAACACAGCUCAAUGUAAUUUUGAUGGUGGUGACUGUUCAUUAGGAAGAAAUCCAUGGAUGAAUUGUACUGCUACAAUCAAUUGCUGGGAUGUCUUUCGAAAUGAUGAAUGCAAUAUUGAAUGUAAUAACAUUGAUUGUCUAUUUGAUGGCUUUGACUGUGAGCAGAAAUUAUUACCUUGCAAUGAACACUACGAUACAUAUUGUUUGAAAAAUUAUGGGAAUGGCUACUGUGAUUAUGGUUGUAACAAUGAAGAAUGUAAUUGGGAUGGAUUGGAUUGUGAAUCUGAACCACCAAGACUUGCUGAUGGAUCUUUAAUGGCCAUUGUGCUUAUGGAGCCAGAGGUAUUUCUAAAUAAUUCUGUUCCUUUCCUGAGAGAAAUUGGUCAUGCUUUAAGAACUAUUGUGCGCAUAAAAAAGGAUGAAGAUGGUUUACUCAUGGUUUAUCCAUGGCAAGCGAAGGAUGUGCCUGUUAGUUACCAAUACAAAACUCAUCCAAAAUCUGGAACUAAGGUAUAUAUGGAAAUUGACAAUAGAAGAUGUGUCAAAUCUGCUGCUACAGAAUGUUUCCAAUCAGCAUCCAAAGCUGCACAAUUCCUUUCUGCAGCACAUUCACGUCAAGCUUUCGCAUUCCAAAUCAAAGAAAUCAGUGGUGCCGAUGAAGAAAGAACUACAGGUGUUAAGAUGUAUUACCCUGAUAUGAUGUACAUAGUCAUUGGAGUUAUUGUGUUUGUGCUGAUGGGACUGUUAUUUGGUGUAUUGAUCACCACUAGAAAAAGAGCAAGAGGCAUCACCUGGUUCCCAGAAGGGUUUUUUAGAACUAAUAGUAGCCAGCGAAGGAGAUCUCGCAGGAGAGGACCAGAUGGACAAGAGAUGAGAAAUUUAAACAAGCAAUCUUCUGCUAAUAGAGUGGAUGUAAAUGCAAACGAUAAUGCAUCUCCUCCAAUGUCAUCCCUUCCAACCACUGAUGCAAAUCAAUGGAGUGAUGAUGACGAUCCACCUGUUAAGAGAGUGAAGAGUGAGAAGUCUCAUGAUGGAAGCUUUGGUGACAGCCAGAGUUCUAUUUCCCCUCCUGAGUAUGACGAAAGUGAUCCCCGACAAUGGACCCAGCAACAUUUAGAUGCAGCAGAUGUAAGGAAUCCUGAUAUUUUAGCCUUAACACCACCUCAAGGGGAUGGAGAUAUGGAACCUGGAAGUGUUGAUGUUAAUGUGCAAGGACCUGGUGGUUUAACACCAUUGAUGCUUGCCUCAUUUCGAGGUGGUGGUAUUGAUGUCAUUGAGGAUGGUGAAGAUGAUGAUGGCUCUGGAAGUAUGGUCCAAGAUUUAUUAAUGCAAGGUGCAAAGAUUAACAUGACUGUUGAAAGGACUGGAGAAACAUCACUGCAUUUAGCUGCUAGGUAUGCCAGGGCUGAUGCUGCAAAACGAUUACUGGAUGCUGGUGCUGAUGCAAAUGCUCAAGACAAUACAGGAAGAACUCCUUUACAUGCUGCGGUUUCAGCUGAUGCCCAAGGAGUGUUCCAGAUUCUUUUGAGGAAUAGGGCAACAAAUUUGAAUGCCCGUAUGCAUGAUGGAACAACACCCCUGAUACUUGCUGCUCGACUGGCAAUCGAAGGCAUGGUUGAAGAGUUAGUGAAUGCUGAGGCUGAUAUUAAUUCUGCAGACGAUCAUGGCAAAACUGCAUUGCACUGGGCAGCUGCUGUCAACAAUGUUGAUGCUGUCCGUGUACUGAUUGCUCAUGGAGUCAACAAAGAUGCUCAAGAUGACAAAGAGGAAACUCCAUUAUUUUUGGCAGCAAGAGAAGGCAGCUACCAGGCAGCAAAAAUACUCUUGGAAAAUUUAGCGAACAAAGAAAUCACUGAUCAUAUGGACAGGCUUCCUCGUGAUGUUGCAUGUGAACGAAUGCACAUGGAUAUCGUGCGACUACUUGAAGAAUAUGUUCCUCCAAGCCCUCAGAUAGCUAAUGGUCACUUAAAUGCAGGCUCACCUGCAGUCCUUUUAUCCAGUUUGUUAGGCUCAUCAAAAUCAAAACCAAAACGAAGACUCAAAGUGAAUAAUGUCGGUUCUGCACCAGGCCGGGAAGCUCCAGAUUCUGUGGCUUUAGAAAAUGGUUUGAGAAGAAAACCAUCCAUUAAGAGACGUAAGGACACUCAUAUGAUGAUGCAAGGUUUGGAUGGCUCUAUGUCGCUGUCUCCAGUUGAUUCUCUGACAUCUCCCAAUGGACUUGCACAAAAUGGGAUGGAAAACUCGGAACCCAUUUAUACUCAGUUGAGUAAUGUCUUGCAUAUGCAGCCAAAUUCAGUGAAACAAUUGCCUUCUUAUGAAGAUAGGCUUAAAAUGAACUACUCCUUAGGACCCCCUGUUGAUUCACAUGGACUAAGUCAAAUGUACCUUGAUCCAAGCAUGGCGAAUACAAUGCAAAAUUUGCCAACUCAUCACAUGAGACAGAACUCAAUUUCAAGCAAUAAUGGUGUAUCAACUACACGGCCCUAUAACAAUGUAUCUCCCAUAAAACAGCGCCCUUCAUUACCUACAUCACCCACCCAUAUGGCAGCAAUGAGAGCUGCUCACCACCAACGAACUACAAAAUUGCAAUCGCAAAGUAACGGCAGUGCAAUUUAUGACUAUCCUUCUGCUAUGUCAGAUGUGCAGCAGCUGAUGGGGUCUAAUAUCAAAAUGGAGGUGCAGGGAAAUGGACAAUCUUUGUACUCUCAUUUGUUUCAUUAUCCUACACCCCCAUCUCAGCACAGUCACAGUGGUGGGGAAACUACCCCUCAACAUUACCUUCACCCUCCCGAGACUUACUUAACUCCUUCGCCAGAAUCACCAGGACAAUGGUCUAGCUCUUCACCGCAUUCUGCUCAGUCAGACUGGUCAGAGAGCAUAGCCAGCCCAAUGGGAAAUAACCUUCAUCCUCAGCAUACUGUUGACCAUUCACAACAUCAGAAAGCACAGACUGUUAGCACGAAUCAACAAUCUGUUGUUGCACAGUCGCCAGAAGCUGUGUUUAUUUAA